GUGCGCAUGCGCAGUGGCAUUCGCAGCGCAAAUCUCCCCUUAUCGGCGAUAGCCAGAAGUGUCUUGGCGUAACGCCGGAACGUCAGGGAAAAAGCUGUCAUUUAAAACGGAGGGAAUAUUUCUCUGUUACCAGUUUCGCCACCUGUGAAUCACAGCUGUUAUAACAUUUUUAGCGCAUUCUUCAUUUUGCUAGCCACCAGACAGCGGGGGUCGUCCAAUCGCAGGGCGUCGACUUGAGCAUCAGUCUAGAGGUUUGUGGUUGAGGAGCGGCGAACAAUACACAGUCCGCAAUCACCGUCGACAUGUCCGGAUACCAGGGCAAAAAGAACAUCCCUCGCAUCACUAGUGAUCGUCUCCUUAUUAAAGGGGCGAAGAUUGUGAACGAUGAUCAGUCCUUCCAUUCUGACAUCUAUAUGGAGGAUGGCGUUAUUAAGCAAAUUGGGGAGAAUCUCAUUGUUCCCGGUGGGGUGAAGACCAUUGAAGCCCAUGGCAGGAUGCUGAUCCCUGGUGGCAUUGAUGUGCACACCCGCUUCCAGAUGCCCGACCGGGGCAUGACAGCUGCAGACGAUUUCUACCAGGGCACUCGUGCUGCUCUUGCUGGGGGCACCACUAUGAUCAUUGACCAUGUGGUGCCAGAGCCAGGCGUUAGCCUUAUUGCUGCAUUUAACCAGUGGAGGGAAUGGGCAGACAGCAAGUCAUGCUGUGAUUACUCGCUCCAUGUGGACCUCACUGAGUGGCACAAGGGCAUGCAGGAGGAGUUGGAGACCCUGGUGAAGGAGCAUGGUGUCAACUCUUUCCUGGUGUAUUUGGCAUAUAAGGAUCUUUUCCAGAUUAAUGAUUCCCAGAUGUAUGAGGUGUUCAGUGUAAUCAGAGACCUGGGAGCCAUCGCCCAAGUGCAUGCUGAGAACGGGGAUAUCAUUGCUGAGGAGCAGAAAAGAAUCCUUCAGUUAGGCAUCACUGGCCCAGAGGGUCAUGUUCUCAGUCGUCCAGAAGAGGUGGAAGCUGAGGCGGUCAGUCGUGCAGUAACAGUGGCCAAUCAAACCAAUUGCCCUCUGUACAUCACCAAGGUGAUGAGCAAGAGUGCUGCUGAUGUCAUUGCUCAGGCCAGAAAAAAAGGUACAGUAGUGUAUGGGGAACCUAUCUCUGCUAGUCUGGGCACUGAUGGCACUCACUACUGGAGCAAGAACUGGGCCAAGGCUGCUGCCUACGUGACAUCUCCACCUUUGAGCCCGGAUCCCACCACCCCCGACUAUCUCAACUCUCUGCUCUCCUGUGGUGAUCUGCAGGUAACUGGCAGUGCUCACUGUACAUUUAACACCUCUCAGCGAGCUGUGGGCAAAGACAACUUCACCCUCAUCCCAGAGGGCACCAAUGGCACUGAGGAGAGGAUGUCCAUCAUCUGGGACAAGUGUGUGGUGACUGGUAAGAUGGAUGAGAAUCAGUUUGUGGCUGUGACCAGCACCAAUGCGGCCAAGAUUUUUAACCUGUACCCACGUAAGGGCCGUAUCGCUGUGGGCUCUGAUGCUGACUUGGUGCUAUGGGACCCUGAUGUCACUAAGAUCAUCUCUGCCAAGAGCCACAACCUGGCAGUUGAAUAUAAUAUCUUCGAGGGUGUGGAGGUGCGUGGUGCUCCCUUAGUGGUGAUCAGUCAGGGUAAGAUUGUUCUGGAGGAUGGAAACCUCCACACUACUGAGGGAUCAGGACGUUACAUAAACCGCAAAACCUUCCCUGACUAUGUUUACAAGAGGAUAAAGGCUCGCAGUAGGCUUGCUGAGCUGCGUGGUGUCCCACGUGGCCUUUACGAUGGUCCAGUGUGUGAGGUCACUGUGGCACCUAAAGUAAUGACCCCUGCGACCUCUAACAAGACUUCUCCAACCAAACCCGCCCCUCAACCCAUUCGCAAUCUGCAUCAGUCUGGAUUCAGUCUGUCUGGAGCUCAAAUUGAUGACAAUGUUCCUCGCCGCACCACUCAGCGCAUCGUAGCGCCCCCUGGUGGCAGGGCAAACAUCACCAGCCUGGGUUAAAGAACACACUUCCCCAGUCCUGAAAGAAUGGGGCCGGCAGGGACCCAAGGGCCCUUGCUUUGGUUAUCACUCCUACCAAUGAGACCUCUACCAGGCCCCUACAGUACAAUAUGACAACAUCCUCAAAUUUAUCAUCAGUAAUUUACUCAAAAAGAAACACGGUCAAGGCGUUAUUGUGUAUUUUCCAACAUUAUCUUUAAACUACUAUUUGUUUUUUUCCUUGUAGGAAGAGUAAUGUGAAUCUAAGCUAAACCUGUAUUAUUUUAUUGUUACACGUAAAUCAUGUAAAUGACAGAGAAAAAUUCAUCCUGUUCAGAAUUAUCCUUCAGUCACUUUCAUUUAUUCAGCAAAUAUUGUUAACACAUUGGUCUAGUGUUUGGGAUAUUUUUAAGGAACUUGGGUAGUUAGGUGUGUUGUUCUGGUGUCUUUCAUUUCAAAUUGGUGGGUUUUUUUGUGCUGCCAACAUAAUUUACUUUGGUAUUAUUUUAAAAACAGUAAUGACAUUUAUAUUUUUGGUCUUCAAGUUCAUUAUAUCAGAUUUAGGGUUAGACUAUUUAUGUCCUCUGAAUACUACACACAUACAGAAAAGAACUAUGCUUGGCUGAAUAAAAGAAAAGAAUCCAGAUCCCUUUGUAUCACUUUUUCCCCUUUUAAAUUUCCCCAGUCCCCCAUCUCUAGUUGUCCAUGAGUAAGGUAUCCUGGCAACAGUCUUUAACCCUUGAAAUAACGGUUUAUUGGUUUCGACAGGCAUGUUAUGGUGCUAUUUAAUUGGCAUUGCUGAUGUGGAACGGGCCAGUCUGCUUGUCCAGCUAUGACAGAGCCUGUAACACUUAUCCACCAGUAGUCACCAAGCUUCCUCUCUCCUUUACAUCCCUUUAUCCUUCUGAUCUUCACUGUAUGGUCAUUUUGUGGUUUCUUAGUGACCAUAGUGAUUGCAUAUCAUCUGGCAUGUGUAGAAUUGAUCCUGUGGAGAUAUGGUGUUGGUUCAGUUUACCCAGUAAAAAUGUUUUUACUUUUAAUUCUGCUGUUUUCUUUAAUGUCACAUUCACUUGCCUGCUUGUAUAUUAGAUGGUUCUUGACUGUCUGUGAGUAUUGUUAUAAAGACCUAAGAAUUUCUCAUGAAAAAAAAUUGUACAGAGUUUAUCUCUCUGCUUCAUUCCAUCCAUUGUAGGAAAUGUUACUGGUUAAAGGCUAACUAAUCCACUAAUGGUACCGAGCAGAGUCCUUUAUCUGCAGUAGCAUUAAAAGCUCAUAGAAGUCUAAACAGACCUACAUCAGUACUUAAUAUCCCUACACUAACACUUUUGUGCAGCAUUACAACUCUUAUAGUGAUGGGAAUGUAGAACUGUGGUGAAAGAUGAGCAAGUUGGGUGCCAGUACCAUACAAGUACAAUGCUUCUAUGAUUUGCCCUUGAAGCAUCUAAAUUUACACUAGUUGUGAUGUGUGGAUUGCAGAGGAGAAAGAACAUUUUAGUGUCUUUCUUAUUUUAAUUUUUAUGACUUGUUGCCCUUUGUCAUGCAUUGUUGAAGGUAAAAAAAUUGUUGACUGUGUAUGUUUUAUAGGCUUCUGGGAUCUGCAAAAGUUUUCUUCCUCACUCAGAAAGCUUUGCAUUCCAUAUGUGUUUAAUGAAAUGAUUUUAAGUAUUAAAAAUGAAACAAAAUUUCAAAAUUU